UAACUCAGUGCGGCCCACGAGUCCAAAAGUUUGCCCACCCCUGGCAUAAACUGUCGUAUGUGUGUAUCAGUUUUCCCGCAGAGCCAUUUCUAACCACCCCCAAGUAGCAGCCCCUCCUCCUCCUCCUCCUCCUCCUCCACUCUCCAGGUACUGCCUUACCCGAACGUCCGACCUCCCUGCAGUGUCCUCUCUCUGCUCCUGACGAUGACGUUUAUCGCCAAGACCUUCUACGACCUGAAGGCCGCCACGUUAGAGGGCGACCCGGUGGACUUCAACGUGUUCCGAGGGCGAGUGGUGUUGAUAGAGAAUGUGGCCUCGCUCUGAGGCACCGCCAGCCAGGACUUCAGCCAGCUCAACCAUCUCCAGAGCAAGUACCCACAUCGGCUGGUGGUCCUGGCCUUCCCCUGUAACCAGUUUGGAUAUCAGGAGAAUUGCACCAAUAACGAGAUCCUCACUUCACUCCAACACGUGCGUCCGGGCGGAGGAUUCCAACCCAACUUCACCAUCUUUGAGAAAUGUGACGUGAAUGGAGCGAACACGCAUCCUGUCUUCGCCUAUCUCAAAGACAAACUCCCAUAUCCUGAAGACGACCCCAACUCCCUCAUGGAGGAUCCCAAAUUUCUGGUUUGGAGUCCCGUCAACAGGACGGAUGUCUCGUGGAACUUUGAGAAAUUCCUAAUCGCACCCGAGGGAGAGCCGUUUAAAAGAUACAGCAAAAGGUUCUCCACCAUUGACAUAGAGCCCGAUAUUCAAAGAUUAUUAAAGCUAACCAAAACAUAAGAAUAAUGGCUUUUUAA